AUGGAAUCCUAUAAAUGUACCGAGAUAUUGAGGAUACGUGAACACCAUGUUUUCAACAGUCUAAACAGCUAUUGUGCGAGUCUUAUUAAACGAAGCAAUGGACAACAACAAACAGUCAAGAUACCAACCGACCAGAAAAGAGCUCCUAUGAUAAACAGCUUAUCUAUUAAAUCGGAAAUAAAUCCUGGUGUCACACCUGGAAGGGUAAAAUACCGAUAUUUUAAAAUCGUCAUAGCUGGGGUCAUAAUGAUGCAGGCGUACAAAAAUCCUGCAAACAAGGAUGUCGUCGCACGAAUUAUGAAGACAUCGCAUUGCUCCGCUCGGCUCCAUCGGAAAAACGAUGAAAUAGCUUUCCAUAGGGUUGUCAAGCAUAUCGCUACGAUGAGAAGAAACAAAGCAUUGGAGCUUGGGCCUAGAAGCGUUUCCAGGUAA